GUCUCUGCUUCUGCUGGUGCUCUUCGGUCGCAGCGCAGCCUUCGAGGUGCCAACAAACCUUAACUGGGACUCUGCCGUGGCGCCUGGCCGGGGUCGGGUAAGUCAGCUCCGACCCGCAGAAGGCUUUUGGCAAGGUGCGGAGAUGGAGGCGGCGGACGCGGAGGCGGCGGCGGAAGACAUCUGGUCUCCCCUUCGGCCGCUGCUUCUCAGCCUCCUGCUGGGGCUCGGCGCCGGCCUUGCUGGCGCCCCCGCUCGCGCUGCAGACCUGGAGAAUGGCCAGGGUAUCUUCUUGGCAAAUUGUGCAGCGUGUCACGCAGGCGGCAACAAUGCCGUGCAGCCUGACAAGAAGCUGAAAAAGGAGGCUCUAGAAACGUACGGAAUGUUUGAUGUGGAGCGAAUAAAGUAUCAGGUCACGAACGGCAAGAAUGCAAUGCCGGCCUUCGGUGAGCGUCUUGGCCCGGAAGACAUCGAGGACGUCGCCAACUAUGUUAUUGAUCAAGCGAACAAAGGCUGGUCAUGA